AUGUGCAAUAUGAUACCUACGAUCUUGAUGCUUCUUGCAAGUUUUUGGGCAGCAGCUUCCAAAACCAUGACCGUAGAAGAGUUCAAAGCCCUUCCUAUCCCCGAGCAUGUUAACCAUAUGUCAGAAGAAGAGUAUGUUGAGUACAUUAACAAAAUCCAGCCGUUUUAUAAGGCAGAGGUUCCGAAAAUGUCUCGGGAACAGUUCAAAUCACGUUUGAUGGAUGUUAAAAAGUUUCGAUGCGCGAGAAAAGUGCCGAGAUGUAGAUCUAUAGCUCUGAUUCGAGAUCAGGCCAACUCUGGAUCCUGCUGGGCCGUAUCUGCGGCUUCCGUCAUGUCUGAUAGAGUGUGCAUACAAACGUACAUGAACGAAACAACCAAGCAGACAAUGCUUUCGGACACUGAUAUUCUUGCUUGCUGUGGAAAGCUCUGCGGUUUCGGAUGUAAUGGAGGAUAUAUGCAAAAAGCCUGGACAUAUGGAGUGAACAACGGGACAUGUUCUGGUGGUCCAUAUUUGGCAAAAGAUUGUUGUAAACCAUAUGCUUUCCACCCCUGCGGCCAACACAAAGGCCAGCCCUACUAUGCCGAAUGUGAGAAACAAAAUGAGAAUACUCCGACAUGCCGUGCUCGAUGCCAAUUCCAGUAUAAGCAAGCCUACGCAAAAGACAAAAUUAAAGUAUCGUUGGCGUAUUACGUGUAUGGCCUUAGCGUGCCAAUUCGGAUGCAAGAGGAGUUAAUGGAGAGAGGACCAUUUCAAGUUGGUUUUACGGUGUAUGAUGACUUCCGAUAUUACAAGAGUGGAGUAUACUUUCACAAAUACGGAUCGGAAGCGGGCGGCCAUGCCGUAAAGGUAAUUGGAUGGGGUGUAGAAAAUGGACUAAAAUACUGGCUUGUUUCAAACUCUUGGAACUCGGACUGGGGAGAGAAUGGACUCUUCAAAAUCCUUCGCGGGGAAAACGAAUGCGGUAUUGAAGAAUACGGCAUGGCAGGUAAAAUGUCAGUGUGAACGUUCCGCCAUGGUAACCAGUGGACGACUCCAUUCAUCGACAUACUGUUUUACAACAAAC